AUGAAUCAAAUGCAAACUACCAUCCCUCACUCUCCCUCCUCAUAUCUCCCAACAACAGAUGAACGAACAACAACAACAACCCCUAAUACCAAUACCAACAGACGCCCAAACCCACAAACGAUGUUCCGCACAAGCAGAUUCACCCGCUGCCCCGACCCGCACUGCAAAAAAGUACCAACAAUAGCUAAGCCAAGAGUCUACCAAACCCUAAUAGCGAGCAUGGCUCUAGCCCUAGGAAUAUGGUUCCUAGUCAUCGAACUCCACGAGAAUGAACAGCGAUGGCGCAAAACUGCAGCUAAAGCUAUCUUCUACGGAGAUUUACCUCCUGUGCCGCAAUAUAUGCCUGGAGAUGUUCCUCGAUACGCUGAAUCCCCAAUUCCGGACGGGAGGGUUGGCAAGUCCACGCCUGUUGAUGUUGGUAUGGCUUCGCCAACGCCUCAAGUUGGGGUUGUGGGACAUCGGUUUGUGGCUUGA